CUAAGUGCACGCCAUUUUAUUUUGAAAAGCUCGGAGCGGAAGCCGUGAGCGUCGAGCUGCUCCGGUUACGACGCGCUGGGCCGCAUUUUUGUUUGCAGCGCAAAUUGUGUCGCUCGCCAGCAGGAUGAACAGCGCAGCCGCGUACCCGCCCGCUGCCGACAUGUUCGCCAACGUGCCCGGGUACGAGGGCAUGGGCCAAGGCGGAGGAGGUUUCCUGCCGCCGCCCGUGCCCGUGGAACCCGCGGCCCCGCCCCAACCGGGCCCCGAGCCCCAGGACUGGAGCAUCCCAUCUUUGUCCGAGGAUGUCGCCCGCGAGGCGUUCAAGAGCUUCGCCGCGUCCAACUGCUGCUACAGCAAAGCGCCCGCCACCGACGGCGUCAUCACGCAGAUGGAGCCCUUCAACACCUUUCGGUACCGACUGGAGACGUACACUGAGUCCAGGUCGACCGAGUGGGGCCACAAACCACAUGAAGGCGAGAUGCCAGACUUCUACACCCAGACGGCCCCCCGCCCCUGGGAGAUCCACGCCACGCCCCCCAGCCUGUUCACCAAUCACACGGAGCUGAUCCGCGUGCCCUACACGUCGUCCGUAAAGGAUUGCCACGACUGCAGCGGCACGGGCAAGACCCCCUGCGAGGAGUGCGACGCCAGCGGGCACAAACCGUGCUGGGUGUGUAACGGCGCCGGCACCAAAGACGAUCGGAACUGCGCCCACUGCAACUCUACAGGCAAGGACAGGUGCAGCAAGUGCGACGCUCGCGGCUACGACAACUGCAAGACGUGCGAAGGGAAGCGACAACUGCUGACCUUCAUCCAGCUCAAAGUGGAGUGGAAAAACCACGUGGACGAUCACGUGGUGGAGCAGAACAGCGGCUUGAAGAUGGACGACCUGCGCUCGGUGAGCGGCAAGGAGCUGUUCAAGAACAACCAGUACCUGCUGUACCCGCCGGCGGGCUUCCCCGACCCGGCCGUCCUCGAGGCGUCGGCGCGGCUGCUCCGAGAGCACCGGAGCGAGUACGCCCGGACCUCCAGGAUCCUGCAGCAGAGGCAGACGGUGGAGUUGAUCCCGAUCGCCAAGGUUUGCUACAAGUGGAAAGGCGACUCUCACGUGUUCUACGUGUUCGGCAACGAGCAGCAAGUGAUCUCCGCCGACUACCCGGGCAAAUGCUGCUGCGUGGUCCUCUAGACGCGGGAAGUCCCGCCUCCUCCGCUUCCUGUUUUGGGUCCUUUUUUGUCUCUGGCUGUGUGGCGACCGCCUGAAAGAAAACUUCCAAAAGUCACAUUGUGCCCGAAAUUCCGCCAUCUAUUCUUGAAUUUAAACGUUUGAGUUACCGUGGCUGUCAAAUAAAAAUGCAAUUUAAAACUUAAUAGAAUGUGAAAAAAACACUGUCGUCGUCCAAUACAUUUUUUAAAAAUCAUUUAUGAUAAUUUCCCCAAAAAAUUAAAUCUUUAUUAACUCUCCAAA